AUGAUCACUAUCGACACUGGAAGCAGCGAUAUUUGGAUCGACUCCACUCUGUGGUGUCAUUGCGAUAAGAAAGACGUCACAACGACAAGUCUCAACGCCAAGCAAUAUUGUGCUAAAAUUCAAGCAUGGUUUGCAAAACAAAGCACCCCCGACCAACUCGAGUAUUCCGACGGGCUCAGAGUUGAGGGCCACUACUUCAAAGGGUCACUCUAUUACAGCGGCAAGACUCUCAAGUCGGCUAUGUUUCUAGCAGCCACGAGCUCCGAAGGCGCGAAUCUUCCGGGAACCUCCAACAUGAUCAGUGGUAUGGUGGGCCUAGGCUACAUCAGAAACCAAACGUCCGAGAAAAAGUACAGCACUCUACCCUACCUUCUGCUUGAAAGCAAUGAGACUUUGUCCACUGCUUUCAGCAUGUGGUUUGAGGAGACAUCAGACGAUGACGAGUUCGAAGUCCAACUCCUCUUCGGUGGCUAUGCUAAAGGGUUCUACAAAGGAGGCACGCCCGAAAGUUUCGACAUAGUUGGGGACAAAAUUGAUGACGCGCCUACGAAGAUCAAGAUCUACUUAAACAAGAUCACAGUACAAGACAACUCCGUGUGGUUUCCCGACUCUGGAGGAAUUAAGGUCUUAUUAGACACCGGUUCUUACAGCUCAUGGCUCCCCUUGGAUACCUUCUAUCACAUAGCAGAUCUGCUAGGUAGUCAUACCAUCAAGUGGAAUGCCGAACGCGUAUUUGCGCUCUAUCCAGACUGCAGUGCCUGGAAUCUGGAGACCGAUAUGAUGAACUUUCGAUUCGGAGAAACCAAAAUCAGCGUACCUUUACACGAGAUACUCCGGUAUGUGACGGCGCAGGAAGCAUUGGAAAAGGGAUACAGCAGAUCCGCGUGCGUCACACAUGGCAUAGCAGCAUAUGCCAGCUACUGGUCUUAUGCAAUUGUCACCGGUCUGAGAGGCGCAGAUCUGCCUGAGCCCCGAGAAGACUAUAUCCUAGGCGUUACAUUCCUCCGCUACGCCUAUAUCCUUUACGAUCUCGGUUCUGAUAAAGUCUUUAUGGCUGCUAUCGAUCAAAAAGCAGUCAAGAGACGUAAGGCGGCCAAAUACGCUGGAAAUCUGUACAUAUUCGAAGACAAGUUUCAGAGCUAG